CGAAUUUCAAAUACAGUGGGGAAGAGAGGAAAGAAACACACACAGAGAGAAAGAGAGAGAGAAAGAGAAAGAAAAUUGCAGAGAUGGUGAGGACUCCUUGCUGUGAUAAAAGUGGAAUGAAGAAAGGUACAUGGACACCAGAGGAAGACAGAAAGCUAAUAGCUUAUGUUACUAAGUAUGGCUGCUGGAAUUGGCGUCAGCUUCCCAAGUUUGCUGGUCUAUCAAGGUGUGGGAAGAGUUGCAGACUUCGAUGGAUGAAUUAUUUAAGGCCAAAUAUCAAAAGAGGGAACUAUAGCAAAGAAGAAGAGGAAACUAUCAUCAAAUUACAUGAAUCACUGGGGAAUAGAUGGUCUACAAUUGCUUCUCAGCUGCCAGGAAGAACAGAUAAUGAGAUAAAAAACCACUGGCACACCAACCUCAAAAAACGCUUGAAACAGAACUCAAUCGCACAAGAAGAAAACUCAAGCUCAAACAACGUUUUCCCACGAGAGAAAAGCCAAAAGAGACUAAAAGGAACAAAUAAUUCCCAUCUGCAUCAAGAAACUGUCGAAAUUAUUGAUAGCUCUAUGUUAUCCCCACAACAAUCCCCAAGUGAAUUCUCGUCCAUCACCACAGAUACUGCAGUUGCAAUUAGUACAAACAUGGUCGUGGAUGAUAAUGUUACUUCCUUAGAAGCAUAUACAGAAACGAAUGAUAAUUUCUGGACACAGCCAUUUUUGGCAGAUUAUUCCUUCAUCCCGAGUGACUUCCAGGCACCAUUACUGGACACUGAAGUUUUAUCUCCAUUUUUUGAUGAGUUCUUGUGCCCAUAUGGAUUGUACGAGGAGCAUGAGGGCUUUGAUUUAUGUUUUUAAAACAUUUGUAUGCAUGGAGAACUUUGUAAUAGUUGUUGAUCUAUUAUAUAGUUUCUGUUUACUUGCCUUUUUUA